CUGCGUGCGCGUCUGGGUGUUCGUUUAUAUAUAUGUGUAUGUGUGUGUGCGUGUGCGUGUACGCGGCUGUCGCUGGGCUGGGAUUGUUGCCCUCGGUAACCAGGGAACCUGCCGGGGCUUUCCGGCCGCUCCGGAGCUCUGGGAGAUUCAAGCGGGAGGUUUGUGGGGUCAGGCGUGUCAUUUUUUAAGAGGAGAGUUUGGAGAGGCGGCGAGGGACAGCACCGUCGCCGGCCGCCCCGGAACGUGAAGAAGGCCUGAAUUGCAAGUUACUGGAUGAGAACAAUCCUAAAACAGUACCAAGCCAGACACCUAUGUGUCUACUUUUUAAAGCUGCCAUGACUUGCUAUAGCAUGCCAUUCUGCAACUAAUGCUUUAUAAAAAGAACUGUUGAAACAUCACAUCAGAUAGUUAACCAUGCAGAAAAAAACAACACCAUUGCCACGUGGCACAGUGGCAUCUUCAAGACUAGCAGGAAGAACAUCUCGAGAUAUUGCUGGAGUGAUGCAGAGACUCCAAGAUGAACAAGAAUCUGUGCAAAAGCGGACAUUCACAAAGUGGAUCAACACUCAUCUAGCCAAGCGCAAUCCUCCCAUGGUGGUCAAAGAUCUAUUUGAAGACAUUAAAGAUGGAAUUGUAUUGAUUGCUCUCUUGGAGGUCCUUUCAGGACAAAAAUUACCUUGUGAACAAGGACGAAAAUUGAAGAGAAUUCAUGGAGUGGCUAAUAUUGGUACUUCCCUUAAGUUCCUAGAAGGGCGUAGGAUUAAGCUCGUCAACAUUAAUUCAACUGAUAUUGCCGAUGGAAGACCAUCUAUUGUGCUUGGGUUGGUGUGGACAAUAAUCCUGUAUUUCCAGAUAGAGGAACUUACAAGCAACCUGCCACAGUUGCAGUCACUCUGCAGUAGUACAUCAUCUGUGGAUAGUGUCGUCAGUUCUGAAACUGCCAGUCCACCCUCCAAGCGGAAGGUUUUCACUAAAGUCCAAGGAAGCGCAAAGAAGGCUUUGCUAAAAUGGGUGCAGUACACAGCAGCAAGGCAAAGUGGGAUUGAAGUCAAGGAUUUUGGACAAAGCUGGAGAAGUGGUAUUGCCUUUCAUUCAGUUAUUCAUGCUAUCUGUCCAGAACUAGUGGAUUUGGAGAAGGCAAAAACACAAUCUAACAAAAAAAAUUUGGAAGAGGCCUUUACAAUUGCAGAAUCAGAACUGGGAAUCCCAAGACUCCUUGAUCCUGAAGAUGUGGAUGUGGAUAAACCAGAUGAAAAAUCAAUUAUGACUUACGUAGCACAGUUUCUGAAACAUUAUCCAGAUCCUCAUAACACAGCAGGCGAUGCACAGGAGGCUGAUGUAUGUUUUAAAUUACAAUGUAUAAUAAAAUUGCCGGACACAAUACUUUUUGAAUGGCACUUGUAUCUUGAUAAAUCUCUUCCUGCACCACUGGGCCCUAUCGCAGCCUGGCUUUGUAGGGCUGAGACCUCUCUUAGAGAAGACAUUUCCAUUCAGCAGUCUCAUGAGGAAACAGCAGAUACGUUACAUCGGAAACUUGAACAGCAUAAGGAUAUGCUUAAAAAUGUAGAUGGGUACAAAAGGACAUUUCAGGAAAUCCGCCGAGCUCAGUCUGUCAAUGGAGUCCCUAUUCCGUUAGAGCAGCUUGAUGAUAUGGCUGAGAGGUUUAAUUUUGUUGCCUCUUCAUCUGAUCUCCAUCUGCUGAAAAUGGAGUUCUUGGAACUGAAGUACCGCUUGCUGUCACUCUUGGUCCUGGCUGAAUCAAAAUUAAAAUCAUGGAUUAUCAAAUAUGGAAGAAGAGAUUCGGUUGAGCUGCUUCUUCAGAACUAUAUGACUGUUAUAGAAAACAACAAAUUUUUUGAGCAGUAUGAAAUUACAUACCAGAUCUUGAAAAAAGCAGCUGAGACGUAUGCCAAUGCUAAUGGCUCACCGGAAGAAAUAGAGAACAUUACAAAGUUCAUGAAUGAUACAACAACACAGUGGAGGCACUUGUCAGUUGAAGUGAGAAGUGUUCGGAGUAUGUUAGAAGAAGUCAUUUCUAACUGGGAUCGAUAUAGCAAUACAGUCGCCAUUCUGCAAGCCUGGCUGGAAGAUGCUGAAAAAAUGUUGAAUCAACCUGAACAUGCUAAAAAGGAUUUCUUCCGACAUUUACCACAAUGGAUUCAGCAACAUACUGCAAUGAAUGAUGCUGGUAAUUUUCUGAUUGAAACAUGUGAUGAGACCGUUUCCAGAGAUUUAAAACAACAAUUGCUCUUGCUAAAUGGACGAUGGAGAGAAUUAUUUAUGCAAGUUAAACAAUAUGCUCGGGCUGAUGAAUUAGACAGAAUAAAGAAGGAAUAUUUGGAUGGAGUGGCUGCCUUGUCUGCUUUCAUUGAUGACGUAAAGAGGAAAAUCCACACACAUUUAGAAGUGUCCUUUCUAAAUGUAAAGUUAUUUGUCCAAGAAAUGGAGGAUAUUAAACAAAAGGCAUUCAUUAUGGAAUCCCAGUACAAAAUGAUAACAAGGACUGCACAAGUGGUUACCAAGGAAAUUCCACAAGAAGAAGUCAAUGAAAUGCUUACAAGAAUGCAGAGAAUCAAAGGACAGCUCAGCAAGGUUAAGGAGACCUGCCCAGUUGUACUCUUUGAUUCACAAGAAUUACUUCCUCAUCUUGAAGAAUUAGAGAAACAAAUUACACAUUUUCAUGAAUCUCUUGACAAGAUCAAUGAAAUUAUUUCUGUAUUAGAUCCUGAAGCCCAGCCUGCUCAUGUUUUUAAACAGCAACAUCAGGACCUGGUAGCUUAUCAAGAACACUGCAAAAAAGCCCUGUUAUUAAUUGAAAGAAAUAGUCAAAUUAUCACAAAGCUUCUGGCUUCAAGUAAAGUAUUAAAUCACUUCAGCUUUUCUGUACUUCAGAAAAAAGUGGUAGAAAUUCAAGCUGCUUUUCAGGAUAUGGUGCAGAAGACCAGUGAUUGGAAGAAAAAUGUUGAGGUAAAUAGUCGGCUGAUGAAGAAAUUUGAAGAAUCUAGAACAGAGUUGGAAAAUGUUCUCCAGACUGCCCAAUGCUGUCUAAAAGAAAAAGGCAAACCUGAAGAACUUCUCCGAAAAAAUACAGAAUUUUUCAGUCAGUUGGACCAAAGGGUGCUCAAUGCUUUCCUGAAAGCUUGUGAUGAACUUACUGACAUCCUUCCUGAGCAAGAGCAACACACCCUUCAGGAAGCUGUGCGGAAAUUGCACAAGCAGUGGAAGGAUCUCCAGUCAGAAGCUCCAUACCAUUUACUCCGCUUAAAAAUAGAAGUGGAAAAAAGCAAAUUUCUAGCAAUAGUGCAAGAAUGUCACACUGAACUCACUCGCCAGCAUGAGCUCAUGACCAAGGAGAGCAGUGAAAAAAUAAUUAAGGAGCACAAGAUGUUUUUUGGUGAUAAAGGGCCUUUACAACUAUGUGAGAAACGACAGCAACUGAUUAAAGAAUUGUGCUUGAAACUACCAGAAUGGGAUCCAAUUAAAAUGACAUCUGAAAGUAGCCAAAAAGAUCUCAGUGAACUUAAAACUCAAGUUGCCCAGACUUAUAUGAAACUAAUAGAUCAACCAGAUAAAUGGCAAGAAUACAUGAACAGAUUUUCUGAAUUACGAAGAUGGAUUUCAUCAAAGGAAACACAACUUAAAACAAUUAAGAAUGGUUCAGCUGAUACUACUAAAUACAAACAAUUUAAAACAUCAAUAGAGGAAAUUAGGCAAGAUGCCUGCAAGAAGGGAGAAACUAUCAUCUGGUUGAAAUCUAGGCUUGUUGCCUUAUCUGAGGUUUCUUCUGAGAAUGAAGUAAAAAAACAAGGGGAUGAACUUUCAGUGCUUGCUAGUGAUUUUAAGAAAAUUUUAGCCUUGUUGACAGAGAUUGAGAAGACAUUGGGUGCGGUUGGAGAUUGUGUUCAAUACACUGAAGAAGUGAAAGGCACAUUAGAAGAACUGAUCACAAACUCAAAAGAAGCUCAGACAGAAGUUGAAAAAAUCUUAGAUGUUGAUAACUUGUUACAGGCCCAGCAAAUCUUUCUCUACCAUCAGCAAAAGUCAAAAAGGCUUCAUGCAAAAAGGCAAGAUGUACAACAGCAGAUUACCCACAGUAAAGAGUUACAAAUCGAAGGUGGCCUGUCUCCUGCUGUGCAAGAAGAUUUGUGGAAGUUGGAGAGUACAUUAGAAAGCAUGCAGCAAUCUAUGGAACAACGUGGAGAUCAAUUGCAGGAAUUCUUAUCUGAAACUGAGACUGGUCAACAUAAGUUAAAUUUAGUGGUAUCCAAAGGAGAACUGUUAAGUUCUAUAUUACCUAAAGAAAAAGUUAAAUCCAUUCAGACCAAAAUUGCUUCAGCUAAAGAGGACUGGAAGAAAUUUAUUUCCACACUGCACCAAAAGGAAACAACUUUAGAGAAUUUAAAGGUACAGAUGAAAGAUUUCGAAACAAGUGCUGAACCUCUUCAAGACUGGUUAAAUAAAACCAAAGAGAUAGUGCAAAGCAGCAAUAAUAAUCUGCAUGACCUUUCCACAAAAAGGAGAGAACAUCAGAAUCUACAGUCUGUCCUUGAAGAAAUAAAAUAUAAUGAGCCUCAGCUCAGCAGAUUAAAAGAAAAAGCUCAGCAGCUUUGGGAAGAACAGGCUGCCAGCAAAAACUUUGUGCACAGAGUUUCUCAGCUAUCAUCUCUCUAUCUUGCUCUGAGCAACCUAACAAAGGCAAUCCUUUCAUUAAGGCAAGAGAAGGAAAUUCAAAUGAAAAUGGUGGUAACAAGAGGAGAAUCUGUUUUGCAAAACACGUCAGUAGAAGGAACAUCUGUGAUUGAACAACAGCUGAAAAUGCUUAAGGACACAUGGGCUUCCCUCUUGUCUACGUGUAUCCACUGUAAAAGCCAGCUUGAAGGAGCUCUCUCCAAGUGGACAAGCUACCAAGAUGAUGUUCAGCAGUUUACAAGUUGGAUGAACAAAGUAGAAGCAAUUAUGAAUGCUUCAGAAAGACAGUAUUCUGAACUUAGGGAAAAAAAAUCUUCACUCAGCAAAUCUAAGUUACUUAAAGAAGAAAUAUUUAGUCACAGUACAUUGCUGGAAGCUAUUGAAGUCAAAAGCACAGGCAUGACCGAGCAUUAUGUCACUCAGCUUGAACUGCAAGACCUUCGUGAGAAAUACCAGCUUCUCAAAGACAGAAUAAUGGAAACAAUAACUAAAGCUGAAGGAUACGUUCACUUGCAUCAAGAGUACCAAAAGAAUUUGAAGGCCUUUGAAGUAUGGUUGGAAAAGGAACAGGAAAAGCUCAAUUCUUUAUCACACCUUGAAGGUGAUACAGAGCGAUACGAAGCAACACUCCAAGAACUCCAGGAAUUACAGGUACAUUGUGCUGAAGGACAAGCAUUGCUUAAUGCUACACUUCAUGCUAGAGAAGAAGUAAUUCCAUGGGGUGCACCCCAGUUGGAGGAAAGAGUAUUGGAGUCCCUCCGUCAGGAUUGGACAGUCUACCAACACAAGCUUUCUGACGUUAGGAUACAACUGAAUACUACUUUAAGUAGACUAAAACUGAUGGAGAAUAAAUUUCUGAAAAUGGAUCAGUGGCUCAAAACUCUGGAGGAGAAAGUUAAUAUCAGGACUAGCCGGCAAUCUGACCAAGCCACAAAGGAAAUCCAGCUUCAGCAAUUAAAGAAUUGGCACGAAGAAAUAACAGUCUAUAAAAAUGAAGUUGAAGAAAUUGGGUUGUUGGCGCAGCAUUUCCUGGAGGAAAUUCAUACUUCUAGUAGAAUGGGAAGACAAGCAACCCAACUUGCUUCUCGAUAUCAAACUCUUGUUCUUCAUGUACUGGAACAAAUGAAAUUCCUAGAAGAAGAAAUUCGAAGUUUGGAAGAAUCUGAACUAGCUUUCAGUGCUUACAAAGACUGGUCUGAAGCUAUCCUUAGACAAUUCAGAAAUGUGGUGACAAAAUGUGAUGUAGUGGAGAGAACAUUAAUGGAGAAAAAAAUGCAGAAACUUGAGGAUCUCAUGAGUGACAUGGACGUUGGUCACAGUUUGCUCAAAUCCGCCCGUGAGAAGGGAGAAAGAGCUAUUAAGUACAUUGAGGAAAAUGAAGCUGAACAACUAAAGAAACAAAUCAGUGAUUAUGUAGAACAACUUGAUGAAAUGACUUGCUCUAUCAGAAAAGAAAGUACAACCAUAGAGAAAUGUCUCCACUUAACAAAGGAAUUCUUAGAUAAAUACAAAAUACAGACACAGUGGCUAACAGAUUAUCAAAUCAUACUGCACAAUACAGUGGAUCCCAAAAUGGAAUUAUAUGAGAAGAAGGCACAGUUAUCAAAAUACAAGACAGUGCAGCAGACCAUACUAUCCCACGAACCUUUAAUCAAAUCUGUUGUGGAAAAAGGAGAAAGCCUUCUUGAAUUGAUCUGUGACACUAAUGUAGCUAAGAAUAUUCAAAAACUUCAGAAUGAAUACCAGGAGCUCUGCAACACAGCAAAGAUGCAAGUUGCAAGCUUGGAGGAGAAAGUGAAACAACAUGAAGACUAUAAUAGUGUCUUACAGGAAGUGGAAAAGUGGUUAUUGCAGAUGUCCAGCAGGCUGAUUACCCCUGAACUCAUGGAGAACAGUGAUCUAGAAGUGAUAACACAACAAUUAGCCAGUCACAAGGCAACGAUGGAAGAAAUAGCUGGAUUUGAAGAUCGCCUGAACAUCCUUAAGAGCAAGGGAGACUCUUUAAUCAAAGAGUGUGCAGAACAUCUCCAAGCAAAAUUUAAACAAAAUAUAGAAACCCAGCUGCAGGGAACGAGAGAUAGCUAUUCAGCCAUCUGUAGCACAACUAAAAAAGUGUAUCAAAGUUUGGAGCAUGAACUCCAGAAACAUGUUAACCAUCAGGAUACUUUUCAGCAAUGCCAAGCUUGGCUCUGUACAGUUUGUCCAGAGUUAAAGGCCAAUCCUCAUCGACCUUCUAGUUCAGCAGAUGCCAUUAAGCAGCUCUGUAAUACAAAUAUUUACUAUGCACUGUUGUAUUUGCUUAACAGAUCUGAUGCUGAGAGUACAGCUACACAUCUUGAGGCUUUGAAAAAGUUGUCAGUGACUCUGCAGGACAAACGGCUUGCUCUUGAAAACUUAAAGGAACAGAGGCAAAAAGUGACUGAACAUAUAAAUUUGGAUGAUAGGGAACUAGUCAAAGAACAGUCAGGAUACUUUGAGCAGUGCUGGAUCCAGCUGGAGGACCAAGUCAAGAGGAAAAUACAACUGUCGGUCACCACAUUACAAGAGUUGAGUGUUGUGCAAGCCAAGCUUCAAGAAUUAAUGGAGUGGGCAGAAGAGCAGCAACCUAGCAUCUCUGUAGCUCUUAAACACAGCCCGCCUCCUGAGCUGGCUCAAAAUUUUCUCAUGGAUCACCUCACUCUUUGUAGUGAGGUAGAAUCCAAGCAGCUUAUUUUGAAAACAUUAAUAAAGGAUGCUGAUAGGGUGAAAACUAAUUUAGGGCUUCAUGAAAGACAGAUGCUCCAAAAAAGUCUAUCAGAUGCCCAAAAUCAUGUGGAUUUCCUUAGUGAUCUGGUUUGGCAGAAAAAAAGGCACUUAAAUAAGACAUUAUCUGACAGGACUCAGUUCUUCCUAGCAGCCCUUCAGGCCAUGAAUCAAAUUAAACAAUAUGAGAAAAAGGUAAUAUGCCAUGAACAUAUCUCUCUGCUACCAGAAGAUGUGAGUAAACAGAUCAGGUCUUGUAAGAGUACACAAGCCAGCCUUAAGGUCUACCAGAGUGAAGUCUCUGGACUGUGGUCUCAGGGCAGGAACCUUAUGAAGGAAACAACAGAAGAAGAGAAAAGUGAAGUGUUGGAUAAACUACAUACACUGCAAAACAUGUAUGAUACUAUUUUACAAAAAUGUGGCCAGCUAUUAAUGGAUCUGGAAAGACAUGUAGUUUCUAGGAAAUACUUCAAAGAAGAUUUGGAUAAAGCAUGCCACUGGUUAAAGCAAUGUGAUAUUGUUUCAUUCCCAGAAAUCAAUUUAAUGAAUAAUAACACAGAACUUUAUUCUCAAUUAGCUAAGUAUCAGCAGAUUCUUGAAGAGUUUCCUGAAUAUGAAAAUCUUUUGUUGAUAGUUCAGAAAGAUGGCCAGGAAAUUUUACCAUCACUUAAUGAAAUGGAUCGAUCCUAUCUCGAGGAAAAACUCAGUGCCUUGCCUCAACAAUUUAAUAUGAUCAUUGCUUUGGCUAAAGAUAAAUUCUGUAAAGUCCAAGAAGCAAUUACAGCCCGUAAAGAAUAUGCAUCAUUACUUGAACUGACAACAAGGGCACUGUCUGAAGUGGAAGAUCAGCUUGUAAAUUUGCGUAAAACCCCCUCUACUCUUACAGCUAAAGAAGUUGUGUCACUGAUGGAGGAUUACAAAAAUGUCCUAAGUGAAGUCAUAAGCCUUUGCAGUGCCAUAGAUGAAUUAAACCAGAAAAAGGAAGCCUUUCGAAGCACUGGGCAGCCAUGGCUACCAGAAGAGAUGUUAACGCUUGCUACACUGUAUCACAAAUUAAAAAGGCAGAUAGAACAGAAAGUUAACCAAUUGGAAGACAUGAUGGUGGCUUAUCAGGAACAUGAAGAAAUGUGUAAGCAGCUUGAGAUGAAACUAAAUUCCAUAAAAGAAAAAGAAGCAGAAGUAAAUGAAGAAACCCUUCCAGCUGAGGAAAAGCUAAAAAUGUAUCAUUUCCUAGCUGGUAGUCUUCAGGAUUCUGGAAUCCUUUUGAAACAUAUUGCUGAACAUCUUGAAGGACUUUCGUCCCAGCUUGACCCAUCUGUUCAUGAAAGAGCUGAUCAUCAAGUGCGAAAUUGGCAGGAAAUACUGAAGGUAUUGCACACUGCCAUUGGGGAUAAAGUGGUGGAGUGUGAAAACAGGCUGGUAGAGAGCAUAGAUUUUCAAACUGAAAUCUGUCGCUCUUUGGAUUGGCUGGGACACAUCAAAGCAGACCUGAAUGAACCAUUAAACAUGGAUGUAAAACUGAACAGCAUUCAAGAAGAGAUUCGCACAGUUCAGAUCCAACAGGAAGAAGUACAAUCCAGCCUAAGGAUAAUGAGAGCACUAAGCAAUAAAGAAAAGGAGAAAUAUAUGAAAGCCAAAGAACUGGUUCCUGUGGACUUGGAAAACAGCCUUACUGAGCUCUCUGAACGCAACAGUGAAGUCCAGGAAGCGAUACAAAAGAGGCAGGAAAAUUUGAGUAAGUUAUACAGUCUUUGCCAAAGAUACUACCAAGUUUCCCAGACUGCUAACAACUGGCUUGAAGAUGCUCAGGUAUUGCUCCAAUUUGCACAAAAUGGCCUUGAUACAGAGAAUUCAGAAGAAAACCUAAGAAACCACAUAGAAUUUUUUAACACUGAAAAACAGUUCCAACUCCAUUUGAAAGAAGUGAAGAUGCUUGUGUCUGACAUGGAGCCAUUCAUUCAGACCCUCAGAAAAGAAGAUCUGGAGGAGAAAGUGAGGGCUUUAGAAGAUAAGAGCAUAGAAAUAGAACAAGAAGAACAAUGUCAGAAAGAAUUAUUACAAAGGUGUGUGUCUCAGUGGCAAGAUUACCAAAUAGCAAGACAGCACAUCAUUGACUUGAUGAAUGAGUCUGAAAAGAAAUUAUCUGAAUUUUCUGUAGCUAAAACUUCUUCUCAACUGGGAGCAGAAGAAAAAAUAGUAUCACAUAAGUCUCUAGUCUCUACAGUGAACUCUUUUCAUGAGACAAUCACUUCAUUGGAGGAAAAAGCAUCUAUGCUGGAGAAAAUGGGCAAUAUAUCCAGUAAGGCAACCAUAAGUCGAUCUAUGACCACUGUCUGGCAGCGGUGGACCAGACUUAGAAGCAUUGCCCAAGAACAAGAAAGAAUUCUGGAAGAAUCAGUGCAGAAAUGGAAUGUAUUUGAUGAUAAGAUGCAAAAAGCAACAGAGACGCUUGAUCAGCUGCACGAACGCUUACCAGAGAGCUCGGUAGAAAAAGCUUCAAAGAAUGAACUUCAGGAUCUUUUAGAUUAUCACAGUAAUUUCAUUCUAGAACUCGAACAGCAACUAUCAUCCUUGGGUCUCCUCAAGCAGCAUUCUUUUAGUUUGCUCCAAGAUAUAGAAAUAACACCUAGUUCCCAGGAACAAAUGCCCAUCAUGCAAGAAAUCAAAGCAAUGCAAGACCGAUGCCAUAAUAUGCAACAGAAGGUGAAAAAAAGUGAGAAAGUGGUUAAACAAGAAUUAAAGGAACGUGAAGAAGUAGAAAAAGAGAUUAAUAAAGUAAAAACUUGGAUACAAGAAGGAAGAGAAUAUUUAUUAAAUCCUACAAUAGAAAGUGAUACUCAAGUUGAAAAACUUCAGACACUCCUAAAUGAUGCCACUAUGCACCGUCAAGCAGUGGAGAAAAUGGCUGAACAGCAGCAGAAUAAAUACUUGGGACUUUAUACCAUUUUGCCUUCUGAGCUGUCUCUUCAAUUAGCAGAAGCAGGCUUGGCGCUAGUAAAUAUACAUGAGCAGAUUGAAGCCAAAGUAAAAGAAGCUCAGCAGCACAAAACAUUAAACCAAGAAUUUAACCACAAAAUUCAAGACGUAGCCAAAGAGCUUGAUUUAAUUCAACUGAAAUUGAAAGAGAAGACAAAUAAUAUAACACAAGCUAAAAGAGAUCAAAAGAACCUGGAUGAAGAACUAGACAGCUGUAACAUUAAACUUCUGGAACUUGAGGCAGCUGUCCAAAGCUUUGCAGAGCAAAAUCCUCAGCUAGGUAAACAGCUGACUGGCAAAAUUAAUAAACUGACAGAAUUCCAUCAACAAAUAAUUAGGGAAGCGGAAUACAGGGCAUCCAAGCUAAAUCAGGCUGUUUCCCAUUUAGAUGAAUAUAAUGAAAUGCUAGAAUUCACACUAAAAUGGAUUGAAAAAGCCAAGAUUUUAUUACAUGGAAACAUAAUGUGGAAUUCUGCUACUAUACUUCGCAAUCAAUUUAUGUCUCAUCAGACCAUGUUUGAAGAGGCUGGUGAACUUCCCAGGGAUCUUGAAACUAUGAAUGAAAAAACAGAAUACUUGGCAAGUGUGUAUUUCACUGAAGAGAUGUUUCAGCAAGUGUCAGAUCUUCGUAGACAGACUGAGGAUUUACAACAGGCUAUCAAACAACGGCUACAAAAUAUUCAGGAUGCAGCCAAAGAUAUGAAGAAAUUUGAAACAGAAGUGAAAGCUCUUCGUACAGCUUUAGAGCAAGCUCAAGCCACUCUGACAUCUCCAGAAAUUGGCCGUUUGAGUCUGAAAGAACAACUUUCUCACCGACAGCAUUUGCUUUUGGAAAUGGAAUCAUUGAAGCCAAAGGUUCAUGCAGUCCAAGUUUGUCAGAGUGCUUUACGGAUCCCUGAAGAAGUUCUCACUACUCUACCGAUAUGUCAUGCAGCUCUUAGGCUGCAGGAGGAUGCCAGUCAUCUACAGCACACAGCUAUCCAGCAGUGCAAUAUAAUGCAGUGUGGUUUUUCUCAGGAGCUGGCGGAGAAGAUCAAAGGUUACCAAGAGCAAAUUGCAUCUCUCAAUUCAAAGUGCAAGAUGCUAACCAUGAAAGCCAAGCAUGCCACUAUGUUGCUGACAGUGACGGAGGUGGAGGGGCUGUCAGAGAGAAUGGAGGAGUUGGAUUCAGAAGACAUGCUUCCUGCACUUAGUGCUCACCCGUCUGUAAUGAUGAUGACUGCUGGUCGCUGUCACACACUUCUGUCACCAGUUACUGAGGAAUCUGGGGAAGAGGGAAGCAACAGUGAGAUCUCUUCUCCUCCUGCUUGUCGCUCUCCUUCACCUGUGGCUAAUGCUGAUGCUUCUGUUAAUCAGGACAUUGCUUAUUAUCAAGCCUUAUCGGCUGAACAAUUGCAGACAGAAGCAUCCCAAAUUCAGCCUAGCACUCCGAUUGUUCAGGAAUCCUAUGAGCCAAGAUUAGAAGCCCUUUCCAGUACUAAACUGGAUGAUUUGCAACGUUCUUGGGAGACCCUGAAAAACGUGAUUAGUGAAAAACAGCGCACACUUUAUGAAGCCCUUGAACGUCAGCAGAAAUAUCAAGAUUCUCUUCAGUCUAUAUCAACAAAAAUGGAAGCCGUUGAAGUGAAAUUAAAUGACACUCUAGACAGUAAUAAGAGUCCAGAAAGCCAGAUGGCUGGCCACCAGGCUUUGAUGGAUGAAAUUCUCAUGCUUCAAGAGGAAAUAAGUGAACUGCAAAUCUCAUUAGCGGAAGAAUUGGUGUCUGAACCAUUAGAGGCAGAUGCUGCUGAGCAGUUGGCUCUGCAGUCCACGCUUACUGUGUUAGCAGAGAGAAUGGCCACUAUUAAGAUGAAAGCUUCAGGAAAACAGCAGCUUCUUGAGGAGAAACUCAACGAGCAACUAGAAGAACAGCGUCAAGAGCAGGCCCUGCAAAGGUUUCGCUCUGAGGCAGAUGAACUUGAUCACUGGCUUCUGAACACACAAGCAUCUCUAAGCACUACAUUGGUGACUGAUGAGGAGCCUAUGGAUAUGGAUUCUCAGUUGGUUGACUGCCAGAAUAUGCUUAUGGAAAUUGAGCAGAAGGUGGUGACUUUGUCUGAGCUGUCCGUACACAAUGAAAACCUCCUCAUGGAAGGGAAAGCUCAAACCAAGGAUGAAGCUGAGCAACUGGCACUGAAACUCAGAACGCUGAAGGGAAGCCUUCUGGAACUACAGAGGGUCCUUCAUGACAAGCAGAUCAACAUCCAGGGAGCUGUACAGGAAAUGGAAGAAUGUAAAUCAGAUCUGGUCACUUCUCAAGAUCCCAGUAUCCAGGAGUGGCUGGCCCAGGCACAAACAACCCGUUCACAACAACAACUAAGCAUCCUACAAAGACAGAAAGAACUAGAGAAAGAACUAGCGGAGCAGAAGAGCCUUCUUCAUUCAGUGGCAAGUCGUGGAGAAGAAAUUUUAACUCAAUCAUUUUCAGAUAUGCCUUAUUCUAGCAAGAAUCCAGAUAAACUAACAGAAGAACUGAGUUUAGAAGGAGAAAAGCCCUCAAGCGAAGAUCAGAUGAAAAUGAAAUGGGAAAGCCUUAAUCAAGAAUUCAGCAUUAAGCACAGGCUUCUACAGAAUGCUCUGGAACAAGAACAAGAUCAGUCAGUAAGUAACCUUUUAGAAUUAUUUCUGUCAUUCUUCAUAUGA